AUGGGUAUUACCCAGGAGCUGCCACGCACUGGGCUUGCUGCCCUCCUCGCGAGUCUUGAUAUCCCAGGUGAAAUCCAACUACCUACUGGCACUGUUGUCAAAGUUGGUAAUGGCGCGCCAAAAUACCGAGUCAUCUUUCGAUCUGAAAGUGCUCUCCGUACGCCGAUGACGGAACUCGGCGUCGGUCGUGCCUAUGUCUCUGGUGAAAUUCAAGUUGAAGGGGACUUUGGUGCUCUUUUUGAUGCGCGAGAUAAACUGCCCGAUAAAAUGCCUUUGCGACAAAAGUUCCAAUUCUUAUACGACUAUUUCCGGACUGCAACGGCCAUGAACUCCAAGGCUAUUGGCGAACACUAUAGUCGAGGCGACGAUUUCUACCUCACGUUUAUCGACAAGCGAUAUAGAUUUUACUCUCAGGGACUCUUCAAACAUCCGGACGAGACUAUUGAGGAGGCAUCGGAGCAUAAACUUGAGAGCAUGUUCAACGGCUUGGAGCUCAAGCCUGGACAGAGACUGCUUGACAUCGGUGGCGGCUGGGGAGGUGUCACGCAGUACUGUGGUGCUCGUGGUGUACACGUCACAACGUUAACUUUAACGGUGGACUCCGCUCGGUACAUUCAAAAUCUGAUUAGCGAAAAGAACCUCCUCGGUGAGGUCUUUCUACAGGACUUUUUAAACUUCAAACCCGAGGAGCCGUUCGAUCAUGUCGUCAUCUACGGUGUUAUCGAGCAUCUUCCAGAUUACCGAGGAUUUGCUCGCAGGAUUUGGGAUGUACUUAAACCCGGAGGACGAAUUUAUCUCGAUGGAUCGGCAGCUGUUACCAAGUUUGCUGUGAGCUCAUGGACGAGGGAUUAUAUCUGGCGGGGCACCCACACUUUCAUGACUGUGCAGGAUGUCAUGGCUGAAUUCUUGUAUCAUGGCUUCGAGGUCAUCGAGAUAGUUCGAGAAACCAAGGACUAUGAGCUUACCAUGUUGGAAUGGGCCAAGAGACUAGAUGCAGCCAAGGAGGAAGUCAUUGCAGGCUGGGGAGAAGAAACUUAUCGCAUAUUCCGACUAUUUCUGUGGGGCGGGACUCAUGCAUUCAAGACAAAUACUUUGCAGGCGUACCAUAUGGUCGCGGAAAAGACCAAUUCACCAGGCCCACGUCCAUCGACAUAUCGCCGACUUGUUCAGUUCCUGGGGACACUUCGUUAA